UUCGUAUCUGAAAGACAGUGUACUUUUUGUCUCCCAAAGCCCUGUGUCUAGGUCGUUUGGGAAGCGCCUUGGAGAGUCAAGAAUAAAAUUGCAGGUCAAACCAUGGACGACUGGAAAAGUCGGCUUGUAGUCAAGAGCAUGCUUCCCCAUUUCACCAUGGUGGGAGAUCGUCAGGAGCCCAGAAAGCUCCAGGAAUCGCCACAGGGAACCAUUAAGAGGAGACAGGAAGGAGAUAAUUUCCAGCUUUCAGGCAUGGCUGACGGGGGUUACCCUAAUAAAAUCAAAAGACCUUGCCUUGAAGAUGUCACACUUUCUAUGGGCUCAGGUGCCCAUCCCAGCACCUCCUGUGCAGAGCUGCAGGUUCCUGCGCUAGCCAUGAACCCUAGCCCUGCAGCUAUGGGAGCAGCUGGCCAUUCGUUACUUCUGGAAAAUAAUCCCAUGAACGGCAGCGUCAUGGGUUCACCAUUUGUGGUGCCACCGACAGCAGAAAUGAGCCUGAAAGGACCCCCUCUUCCUUACUAUGACAAAACCAACAGCAUGCCGGCUGUGGACCAGGAGCUUCAAGAUCUGCUGGAGGAGCUAACCAGAAUUCAAGAACCUUCUCCGAGUGAGCUCGAUCUGGAGAAAAUCCUGGGGAGCAAGCCGGAAGAACCACUGAUCUUAGAUCACCCCCCAGCAACCCUUGGCAUGACACCCAAGCCGCCUUCAGUUCAGAUGCCACCCUUGGAGAGCCUCGGUUCCAGCAAGGAGUUUGCCUCUAGUUGCAGCCAGGUCACCAGUGUGUCGCUUCAGAUCCCGCCCUCCUCGGCAGGGAUCAGCUAUGUGAUUCCCGCCACUGGUAAGCAGAUGGUCUCACCCAGUUCUUUGGGCACCCAGGCCAAGAAGCAGGCCCAGGCCAUGCUCCCUGCUGCUCUGCCCCCGCUCCCAGUGCCUCAGUGGCAUCACGCCCACCAGCUGAAGGCGCUGGCCGCCAGCAAGCAGGGAUCCACUACAAAGCAGCCGGGCCCCACCACCAGCUGGCCUGGCCUGCCACCUCCAGGCCUCUCCCCACCUUACCGUCCUGUGCCAUCGCCACACCCGCCGCAGCCCUUCAGCUCCCCAAGCCUCAUGGUGUCCUGCAUGUCGUCUAGCAGCCUGCCGGGGAGCGCCCUCCAAGGCUCUCCCAAUGCCUUACUCUCCAGCGUGGCGCCCAGCAGCAGCACUGCCCUCGGGCCCACCCUGCCCUACGCUCCCGAGAAGCUCCCCAGCCCUGCUCUCCAUCAGCAGCCGCAGUUCAGCCCGCAGAGCUCCAUUCUCGCCAACCUGGUGUCAUCCACCAUCAAAAACCCUCAAGGGCACCUGAUGUCUGCUCUGCCCACCAGCACCCCGGGGCCCGCCACCCCCUACCGGCCGGAGAAGCUGUCCAGCCCAGGCCUGCCCCAGCAGUCUUUCUCGCCGCAGUGCUCCCUGAUCCGCAGCCUCACGCCCACCAGCAAUCCGCUCAGCCAGCCGCCGCCACUGCCGCCGCCGCAGCAGCAGCAAGCCAACAGCAUCUUCAAGCCCAUGGCCACCCACUCGCCCAAAACCCUGAGCAUGAUCAUGCAGCAGGGGCUGACCAGCCCCGGCCCAGGAGCCCCGGAGCCAUUUACUUUUGGCAACACCAAGCCCUUGUCCCACUUCCUCUCUGAGCCGGGCCCCCAGAAGACACCCUCCGUGCCUGCCGCGUCCCGGCAGCCGUCCCUGCUCCACUACCUGCAGCAGCCGACGCUGACCCAGGCCUCUUCAGCCACGGCCUCAUCCACGGCCACGGCCACCUUGCGGCUGCCGCAGCAGCCUGACCAGUCUUCGUUCCUUCUGCAGCAGAUGAUGCAGCAGCCGCAGCGCUUUCCGCGGUCGGUGGCCUCGGAGGCCAUGCCUUCUCUGCCCAGACAGCAAGAGAAGCAGAGAUCAGGUCUUAUGGCAAUGACCCCUGAACAGCAGAGUGCAUAUGUCGCUCAACAGAUGAGUCAAUUUCAAGCCGUCCAAGAUCAAGUCACCUCCAAGUGUAGCCGGACCAAGGCAAGCUCCCCCUCCAGCCAGUACCUGAUGCCACCCAGAGCUGGGCUCCUUCAGAACCAUCCGAGUCCAGAAAUGAUCCCGCCCACCAGGCACCAGAGCCGUGAGAGCGUGGGCAUGAUCUCACCCACUCUGGGCAAGCAGCAAGGAAUUUUCAACUCUAGCCCCCCGUUUCCCAUACCCUCCCCCUCGGGCCACACCCCCCUGGGCAGCCUCGGCUCCAUCUGCCAGCAUAGGCAGAUUCCUGAGGCCGUGCCGGGGUUCUGUCCCAGCCCCCUGGGCAGCCAGCCCCUGAGUCCCCACCAGCUCAGACAGCCCUCUGUGCCAAGAAUGCCCACUGUGUUCAACAAUGCUGCCUGGGUGGCAGCGGCAGCAGCUGCCACCCCAGCAGUCUUGAGGGCACCACCCCCAAGCCAAGCAGCUAAUGGCAUCCAUCAGCAUUUUGAUAACAACUCCAUCUUUGCCAAGGCCCCCAUGAGAGCCCCCCUGGGAGCCCCAGCAUUUCCGUCGCAUCAGGCAGGUGUGCCCCCCAGUCAGGUGGCCCCAGGAGGCAGGCCUGGCCCGAAGGUGAGUGCUGCCCCAGCCAAGCCCAGCUUCAGCCUGCUGGGCACCCAGAACCUCAGACAGAGCCCAGUGUGGGGUCCUGUGCCCAUGCUGAACGCCACCAAGUCCCUCCACGAAAGCAUGGCCAGCUUUGGUCCCAUGAGUCCCAUCCGGGGCAUCAAGCUGCCAAUCUAUAUGGCCGCUGCCGCCACUGCUGCCACAGCCUCCACCAUUGCUACCAGCCAGUGCCCUGGUCCCGUUGACAGAAUGGGCAGCCCCCCUGGGCUGCCCCCCUGCGGCAUUUGGUCCCAGCCCCCACUAAACGAUCUGAUUUCGCCGCCUGACUGCAGCGAGGUGGAUUUCACCGAAGCUGGCUCGAAAGGCCCUAGAGGGAGCCCAGAGGAAGACUGGGUGUGUAACCUGCGGUUGAUCGAUGACAUUCUAGAGCAGCAUGCUGCGGCUCGAAACGCCGCAGCCCAGAGCACUGGCCACGUCGCCCCGAGUGCCGGUGAGCUUUAAAUGCCCGUAGGAACCCCCGUGGUGACAUCACUCCAGGGAGUGGCGUGAACCCAUAGCAAACUCACAGCUGGCCCCACACGGCCACACGGUUGUUUCCUCAUUACAAUUUGAGGGGUGUCAGCCCGCGCCCAUCCCUCUGUCUGCCUGUGAGAAAAUGGAAAAGCUGGUGAUUUUUCAAGCUACCUGUACAUACCUGAAAAUUUUGUAAAUGGUUUUCCUAAACAUUAAUGACAGAAGUAUUUAUACUUCAUUUUGUGACUUUGUAAAUAAAGUGACGGCUUUUGUUUCAGUAGA